UCACCGAUCAGUUUUUACUGUAACACAUGAGAUGCUGUCAAAGCAGGAAGUGUGCGCGGAUUUUGUCAUUGAUCGCGGCUUUUCUACUGUAUCUGUUACUAAUGUUAACAACAAACGAGAUUAUCUGCAUGUGCUGACUUUAUACAGUAAAAGCCACAAAGCAUGCUAAAUUCACUCUGGAACAGAGGACGUCCAGACACAAACCACACUAAUGCUGAUGAUCAGUCCGAGAAUGGCUUCGGGAAUGCAAGAGAAACAGUACACCCCAUCUCUUCUCAGCUUUUUCGUCUAUAAUCCUUCAUUUGGGUCACGAGAGGGAGAGGAGGAGAAGAAGAUUUUAUUCUACCAUCCCAGUGAGGUCGAGAAGAAUGAGAAGAUCCGUAAUGUCGGUCUUUGUGAGGCCAUUGUACAGUUUACCAGAACCUUCUGUCCAACAAAGCCUGCUAAAUCCCUACACACACAGAAGAACAGGCAGUUCUUCUUUGAAGCAGAGGACAGUUUCUGGAUCGUUAUGGUGGUGCGGAACCCGAUGGUAGAAAAACCUAAUAAAGAUGGGAGACCUCCCACAAUAGAAUAUCAGGAAGAGGAAAUACUUGACACAGUUUACGGUGCAGUAUUACGGGAAUGCUACAGUAUGUACAAGCUCUUCAACGGCACAUUUGGCAGAGCAAUGGAAGCAGGCGGGGUGGAGCUGCUCAUGCAGAAGCUUGACAAGUUCUUUUACAGGUACCUGCAGACGCUGCACCUGCAGUCCUGUGACCUGCUGGACGUGUUCGGUGGGAUUGCCUUUUUCCCCCUGGACAAGAUGACCUACCUGAAGAUCCAGUCAUUCGUAAACAGAGUGGAGGAGAGCCUCAGCCUGAUCAAAUACACAGCCUUCCUCUACAACGACCAGCUGAUAUGGAGUGGUCUGGAGCAGGAUGAUAUGCGGAUCCUGUACAAGUACCUGACGACGUCACUGUUCCCCAGACACUCUGAACCAGAGCUGGCUGGUAGGGACUCUCCCUUAAGGCCAGAGGUGGCAGGGAAUCUGCUUCACUAUGGGAGGUUUUUGACAGGACCUGCUAACCUCAAAGACCCAGAGGCCAAAUUCCGGUUCCCUAGAAUAUUUGUCAACACAGAGGACAGUUAUGAGGAGCUGCAUCUGAUAGUUUAUAAGGCGAUGAGUGCAGCGGUUUGUUUUAUGAUCAGUGCAUCUGUGGAGCUGACGAGGGAGUUCUGUGAGCAGCUGGAUGGUCUGGUGGGACCUCAGCUCACCCUGCUGGCCUCCGACAUAUGUGAACAAUACAAUGUCAACCGCAGGAUAUCAGGGCCGGACAAGGAGCCCCAGUUCAAGUUCAUCUACUUCAACCACAUGAACCUGGCAGAGAAGAGCACCAUCCACAUGAGGAAGACAGCCAGUGUCUCUCUGACCUCGGUCCACCCAGACCUCAUGAAGAUUCUGGGAGACAUCAACUGUGACUUCGCCAGGGUUGAUGAAGAUGAAGAGAUCAUUGUGAAGGCUAUGACAGACUACUGGGUGGUCGGCAAGAAGUCGGACCAGAGAGAACUCUACGUUAUCUUGAACCAGAAGAAUGCCAAUUUGAUUGAAGUUAAUGAGGAAGUGAAGAGGCUCUGUGCGACACAGUUCAACAACAUUUUCUUCUUGGACUGAAAGAAAUAAAGAAAAGAAAGAACUGCACGAAGAAGAGGGAGAGAAAGAGAGACGGUGAGAGGGCAAUGGACUGUUUCACCACACUAAAACUGUCAGCAUUGCAGGGUGUUAUGACAGCAUCAGUGUAAUGCAAUAAUUGCAUAGACUAGGUAAGAGUUCGACCAAAACCAUGGAAACGCCACACACCCGUCCCCCCAUGGGGGAUAGGUCCAGAAUCUAUUUAGUAACCACAUUAUAGGCCUGUUAGAACACAUACAGUGCCUAGUGAAAGUUACACAACACUUGCACAGUCUUCAUAUUUUUCUGCCUUUAACAUUAAAUUAAAUUUAAAAAAAUAAGAAUUUUGGGGUUUCCUACAGAUCGACACAACCUACUCCACAUGAUCUAAGUGAAGGAAAGUUAUAGAACAUGUUCCAAAUUAAUGAGAAGUUAGAGGAAGACCUAAUCCUGAGAGUUGUAUUUUUCUGCAGGACAGUUGCACACAUUUUAAUGCCAAAGACACAACAGAAUGGCGUUCUAAGGUGUUGAGUGUUCCUGAAUGGUCCAGUCUCCUUCCUGACUUAAAUCUGCUUUAAAAAUCUGAGACAAGGUUUGAAUAUUGCUGUCCAUCAAUGAUUCCCAAACAAAUGUACUCAGCUUGAGCAAUUUUGACAGAAACAAUAGAUAUACAUUGCCCUAAGAGUUGUGCAAGGUUGGUAGAGUCUUAUUCAAAAUGAUUAUUCACAGCUGUAAUGGCUGCCAAAGGUGCUUCCACCAAGUAUUAACUCUGGGAUGUGAAGACAUAAGCAUUCAAUACAUCCGCAUUUUGUAUUUCUUAGAACAUUUUCCAAAUAACUAUAAUUUUUCUUUCACUUUGAAAAUGUGGAGUAGGUUGCGUAGAUCGAUAUGAAAAAAUAAUUUACUCCCUUAGAUUUAAUUAAGGCAAAAUGUGAAGACUGCAAAGGGUGUGUAGACUUUCACUAGCGUCUGCUGUAAAUUGUGAUUGAUUUGACAAAUAUCAACUUUUUUUGUAUCAGCUUUUCUGAAUGGACGCCAUUGACAGUGUCCUUGUGCUAUCCCCUACGGGUGCGUGGCCAUCGGCGCUCCAUUGAUCUCUUACCGUAUGUAUUGUAAACAAUUAAAUAAAGAAGCUUUUCACAUCAUGUAAUUUCUUUAGAUUUUUAUUUAACCAAUACAAAAUGGUAUUUUCAUUUUUGUAAUUAAGUGUCAAAUGAUCAGAGUAAUUUUACUGUACAUGUACUUAAUUUUUCUAUUUCUUUGUAUAUAAAGUGCAUUGUCUUAUUGUUUAAGUUCCUGUCAGCUGUUUGUAUUACAAUUGACAUCAUUGGUCUACUGACUCUACUCAUUGUUAUUUUUAAGGACACAACAUGACAUUUAUCACUAUAUUAAUUUAAAAACAGACAUUCACAAACAUGCUGUUUUCCUUCUAUGGGUUCUGUUCAUUGUCUAGUAUAAUUUUGAAAUGAUGCUAUGAUUCAUGUCGAAAGUAAUGUGGUUUGUAAAAUGCAGCCCCAACUUUAAAUAAAUGAAGAAAUUCUAAUUUUC